GAGCAGCUCAAACAGCACAUGCUAUGUGAACAGAACUAGGCGAUUGGUUGAAAUUUUUUCUGCUCGUGUGCAUAUACACCAAUACACACAUUACACCAUAACCUCAAAAUUUGACUCAAACCGUCGGAAAUGUAUAUACCAAAGAUAUUUUAAAUGAUGGAAGUUGAAAAAUAGAAUUCGGGUAAUAACUGGUAAACAGAAAAUACACGUGAUUGAAUAAAAUCAUUACGAUACGAAAUGUUGGUACACACACGUAAUUUUCCGAAACUGUUAUUGGGCUCACGGUUUUUUUCAAUCGCCCCAAAGGCCAAUAAAUUCCCACCAUCAAUAAAGCUUCUGGGCAAAAAAUAUCCUACAGAUGAUUGGACGAAUGUGACAAAAAAUGUUGUAGCGAAAUUGGGUAGGAAUUUGCACAUUACACCUUUCCACCCGCUGUCACAUGUGAGACAAAGGAUCGUCAACUAUUUUUACAAUUCGUAUCGCAAUCGUUGUGGGAACCCAAUAUUCAGUGUCUUUGACAAUUUGAAUCCAGUUGUGAGUGUCAACCAAAACUUUGAUUCGUUGCUCGUUCCUGAGAAUCAUUCGAGUCGCAACAAGAGCGACUGUUAUUAUAUCAACAAAGAUACUUUGUUGAGAGCGCACACAACGGCUCAUCAGUCUGAACUAAUAUCUAUGGGAUUGAAUAAUUUUCUCGUCAUCGGCGACGUUUAUAGGCGUGAUGAAAUUGACUCCACUCAUUAUCCCAUUUUUCAUCAAGUGGAUGCCGUCAGACUUUGUACCUCUGACGAAGUGUUUGAAAAUGUCAAAGAUGUCAAUGGGCUACAAUUGUUUCAACACGGAGAUGAAGAAAGCCCUGAGAAGCAAAGUUCUCACAGCUUGGAAGCUGUGAAAAUUAUGGAACACGAGUUAAAAACCAUUUUGAUCGGUUUGGCACACGAAAUAUUUGGCCAUGAUAUUAAAACGCGUUGGGUCGAUCAAUAUUUUCCUUUUACACACCCGUCAUGGGAACUGGAGGUAUUUUUCAAUGACAAAUGGAUCGAAGUACUAGGCUGUGGGAUUAUGAGACAAGAAAUUGUAGAAAGAUCUGGAGCAAGCAAUCGAAUCGGGUGGGCUUUCGGUCUCGGCCUCGAACGACUCGCAAUGGGCUUGUACAAUAUUCCGGAUAUACGAUUAUUUUGGUCCAAGGACUCGGGAUUUUUGAACCAAUUCAAAGUGGAGGAUCCCAAAACUCCUAUUCAGUACAAGCCUGUUAGCAUAUAUCCACCUUGUACAAACGACUUGAGUUUCUGGUUACCCGAAAACGGGGAUUAUUCGUCGAACGAUUUUUACGCAAUUGUCCGUGAAAUAGCUGGCGAUUGUAUCGAACAAAUAGAGUGUAUCGAUAAAUUUACCCAUCCAGGAACCAAGAGAACAUCUCAUUGUUACCGAAUAGUUUAUCGACACAUGGAAAAAACUAUGAGACAAACUGAGGUCAACAUUAUUCACAAUAAAAUUGCAAAGGCAGUUACGAAUGAACUGAACGUUGUUGUGAGAUAAUUUAACUAUUAAAUUAUUGUAAAUUUAUAAAUACUCCAUACACUGGCAUUUUGACUUUGGUUCGAUUCCAAAAUUUCUGUACGAGUUUUUACGUCCAAGAUGGUUCGACGCACAGAGAUUCGGAAAAAUAUUAUUUCCAAAUGCAAAUUGUUUAGAGGGGAAUAAAUUCUCAACAUUUUCGCGACAAUCUACACUUUUAUUGUCUUUCCGAAAUAGCGAAGGGUAAACGAUUUUUUAUGAGAAUGGUUUCAACAUUUCUUUGAGCUUUAAUCGUACUUUCAUUUUUGUUCUCGCAACUCGCGAUUGAAAAUCAUAAAAAAAAAUUUCAUGGAUAUGACCAAUGAAAAAUUAAUGUAAGUAUGAAUACGUAAUAAAUUUAAAAAAAAUGCUUUGUAGAUAUAUUCGAAUCGAAUCGAAGGAAAAUAAAGUGUUUCUACUAAA